CGUUGUGCCUUCGCUUCUUCAAGUCAGUGAAGUUGGACCCAUCCACCGGCGACGCCAUCCGCAUCCUCUCAUCUACCGUCAUGCUGUCGAUGGCGUGCCUGAUCCUCCGGGCGGCUGCUCGCGUCUCCAGCUUAGCUGCGUGGGCUACAGAUCGCCUUGCGGCGGUGACGCGAGUGGCGGCGGAGGCCCGCUCUGGUUCAGGCGGUGCGGCGGUGGCGGCGGCGGUGGAGGCCCGCUCUGGUUCAAGCGGUGCGGCGGCGGCCUCAGAUCUGCUCGUUGCUGCAGCGGCGGCGAAGGCCCGCUUUGGUCCAGGCGGUCCGGUGGCGGCCAGGCUCUCUCACGACAAUAGAUCCACUCUCGACAAAUGGCAAUCAGCCAUACCAGAUUGGGCGAAAUUCGAGGCAAAUGAGAAGGAUCUUGAGUCAGAUGAUGCCCUAUGGGACCUGUACGAGCGCUGGUGCAAAUUUUUUAACCAGGAGCGUGACCGUGAGGAGAUGGCUCGCCGGUUCAGCUACUUCAAAAAGACUGUGCUGAGAGUGGAGCAAAACAAGAAAUCUGAUCUGCCUUACAGACUUGGGAUUAACCAUUUUGCCGAUGGGAAGCUAAGGGAACUCUGCAUCGAAAGUGGUAGCAUGAACUUUCGACAGAGAAGGUCUUGUUCUACUUCACUGAGCUAUGGGAGUGAAGUAAGGGGCCAGGCCAGGCGCAAGCGGGCCAGCCGCCGCAACCGAAACCUCAAAUCCAUCUGCAAUUGAAUUAGGCAUGAUCGUUCUCAGGAUCCACAAGACCCAUGCAUGAAUAACUUUUCGUUCGAACCUGUAUUAAGUUAUUGUAUGUGUGUGGCGUGCCAUUUGCAUGCAUGUCUAAUCUACUGAGCUGCAUGUUUGGUUCUGUGCAAACUUGCAUGCAUGUUCGUGCCAAGUGUUAUGUUUGUUUGUCCUAUAUUCGACUUUUGCAUCUUCACCGUAACAUGUUUGAUGUCUAGACCUAAUAAUAAAGGGUUCCCUUUUUCUGUUUA